GACGAAGAGAGAAAGUGAAAGGAAAGAAAAAGAUGAUAACUGGGAAGAGAAGCUUUUUGGAAGGAAGAAAAUCAAUAAAUCAUCAUCAUCACCAUUCUCAGUAUAAAUUGAAUGAAUUUGUGACUUUUCGAUUGUUUUUCUCUCAUCAAAUGGUAACCAGAUUCUCUAAUCAAUUGAAUUUUAAAUCAUCACAAUCUCUUAAAGUGUCUCUGCCUAAUGGAUUCUCAUUCUAACCCCAUCAAGAUAAACACUCUUGGAUAAACACGACAAUUUUUCCAUCAUUUUAAAUUUAUUCUUCUUUUAUUUUUCUCUCAUCAUCAUCUUGGUGCUUUUCUCUUAAUGUUAAGUGUCAAAAUGUUUACACUUCCAUCACCAUAAUCACUUGAAUUCUCAUUCAAUUGUGUUACCUUUCUCUGGAUUUUAUUCUCCGGUAUCAAUACUCACCAGUUCUUCUUCAUCUUUAUUACACUAAAAUUCUAUAUUCUUUCUUUACCCUUAAGGGUUUUUUGAUUUCUCUUCUUCUCUAUCCUGUGUUGUUUCCUUCGAUUAAACAAUUAAAUUAAACCAUUAAUUUUCUUCUCUCUGGACACACCAAAAAGUAAAUCGUUCUAUUCUCAGUUUAUCCUGGUUACCAAAAUUCACCCAUGGAAAAGGUAAAAAUGAUUAAAUCUCCCAAUGGUAAACAAUUCUAACGAUUAAACCUCAUCGAGAUCAACGAUUAUAAUUAUAAACAUAGAGAAAGAUAAAUAAACAUUGAGAGAAGGAGGAUCAGCAAUUAUAACGAUUAUAAUGUUGGAAUUAACAACUGAAUUUAAACGAUGAAAAGGAAAACUUUAUAAUCUAUCAACAUUUUUCACACUUCUCAUGUUUAUCUGUGCUAAUUAAUCUGAACAAAGUGAAACUUAUAUUGUUCAAAUCUCAUUGGAACUUUUAAUUGAACAUUUGAACAGUUCGUGUGUGUUUAUUUCUCUCUCUAUCUUCCUCUCAUUCUGUUUGCGUGUCAAUAGAUUAACGAGUUAAUCUUCAUCAUGUUGACCAGUUCAAUAUCGAUGGACGAGGACAAGGAAAAUGUCACCGAAAUGGAGACUGGUUUUAAUCGACGGAUUCGAGCUCGAAAAGGUGCUCUCAAGAAGAAAAACAUUUUCGAGGUGAAACAACACAAGUUUAUGCCUCGAUUUUUUAAACAGCCCACUUUUUGCUCCCAUUGUAAAGAUUUUAUUUGGGGAUUUGGUAAACAAGGUUUCCAAUGUCAAGUUUGCUCUUUCGUUGUCCAUAAACGUUGCCAUGAAUUUGUUUCCUUUACCUGCCCUGGAAUCGAUAAGGGCAUUAAGGGUACCGAUGAUACCCGAACCAAACACACGUUUACUUUGUAUACCUUUACCUCGCCAACCUUUUGUGACCAUUGUGGCUCCCUACUCUAUGGAUUACUCCAUCAAGGAUACAAGUGUAAAUUAUGUAACAUGAAUGUUCACAAACGGUGCCAGGAAAGUGUACCUAACCUUUGCGGCUGUGAUCACACCGAGAGACGGGGACGGUUAGAGUUAAAAGCCUGUAUUGAGGCUAAUAAAUUAAUUUGUGAGAUUCGUCAAGGUAAAAAUUUACUUCCCAUGGAUCCGAAUGGACUUUCCGAUCCUUAUGUAAAGUGUAAAAUUAUUCCCGAUGGCGGGGAAGGUAUAAAACGGAAAACUCGAACCAUCAAAGCAAAUCUUAACCCUCAAUUUCAUGAGACUUUAGUUUUUGACCUAAAACCCGAUGAUAAAGAUCGUCGUUUACUAAUUGAAGUCUGGGACUGGGAUCGUACCUCUCGAAAUGAUUUCAUGGGCUCCCUUUCAUUUGGUAUAUCAGAGUUAAUGAAACGUCCGGUUGAAGGUUGGUUUAAAUUGUUAACCCAAGAGGAAGGUGAAUAUUAUAAUGUUCCGGUUCCACCACCGGAUGCAGAUAUUUUAGAGAUAACUCGACAACAGAGAACCGGAUUCUCAUCUUCCCUUGCACCUACACCACCACCACCGUCACUUGGUGGUUCAACAACACCUUCAUUAACCUCUCCAGCGGGUGUGAUAUCGGGAACACGUUCUUUAUCACGAGCAGGUCUCGAGGGUUUAGAUGCUCGAUUCACGUGUGAAUUACCUCAUAACAUGGGGAAACAGGAUGUUAUCAGAGCGUCAGAUUUUAAUUUCAUCAUGGUUCUUGGUAAAGGCUCAUUUGGAAAGGUAAUGUUAGCUGAGAGAAAGGGAACCGAUGAACUUUAUGCAGUGAAAAUAUUGAAAAAAGAUAUAAUCAUUCAAGAUGAUGAUGUCGAAUGUGCCAUGGUGGAGAAACGGAUUCUCGCCCUUUCCGAGAAACCUCCGUUCCUUGUUCAGCUUCACUCUUGCUUCCAAACAAUGGAUCGACUUUAUUUCGUCAUGGAAUAUGUUAACGGUGGUGAUCUAAUGUUUCAAAUUCAACAAACGGGAAAAUUUAAAGAACCAGUGGCCGUUUUUUAUGCCGCUGAAAUUGCUAUCGGUUUAUUUUAUCUUCAUUCACGAGGUGUUAUCUAUCGAGAUCUUAAAUUGGAUAAUGUUUUACUUGAUCAAGAGGGACAUAUUAAAAUUGCCGAUUUCGGUAUGUGCAAGGAAAACAUUUACAACGACCGAACUACCAAAACUUUCUGUGGUACACCGGACUAUAUUGCACCCGAAAUUAUCCUCUAUCAACCUUACGGUAAAUCGGUUGACUGGUGGGCUUAUGGGGUUUUACUUUACGAAAUGUUGGUCGGUCAACCUCCGUUUGACGGGGAAGACGAGGAGGAAUUGUUUGCCGCGAUCACUGAUCACAAUGCCUCUUAUCCUAAAAGCCUUUCCAAGGAGGCCAAAGAUGUUUGCAAAGGAUUUCUUACCAAAAACCCUUCGAAACGAUUGGGCUGUGGUUCCAGCGGGGAGGAGGACAUUCGGAUGCAUCCAUUUUUCCGUCGUAUUGAUUGGGAAAAAAUAACCGCUCGAGAGGUUCAACCUCCAUUUAAGCCCAAGAUUAAACAUCGAAAGGACGUUUCCAAUUUCGAUAAGCAAUUUACUUCUGAGAAAACUGAUCUUACACCGACCGAUAAAUUGUUCAUGAUGAAUUUGGAUCAAACUGAAUUCGCUGGUUUCUCUUAUCUUAAUCCAGAAUUUAUUCAACACAUUUGAAGGAAAAACUCAACAAUCAAAAUUCACCAUUUUCUACAACUUAUCGAUUUAAACUAUCGUUGGAUUAAGAGAUACAAUCAACUAUUAACUGACAAUUUAUCGCUUGAAUCAUUACAACUGCUCCCAUUUACCGAAUACUACUUAUUACAAUUACUAUUCACUUACACCAAAGAAGAAAACACUCAACAAUUAAGGCAAUAUUUUGAUUAAUCAGAUGAGCACCAAAGAGACAACCAUUAGAAUUGGAAUAUUUUAAUUUCUUCUCUCUGUCAAAUUUUGUGGAGAGAAAAAAAAAACGAUUCGAUUCGAUAGAAAUUCAUUUGGAAUCUUUUUUUUCUAGUCUUUCCAUUACUUUCUCUUCCUUAUCUUCAUCUUCUUUCUUUGACCAUGGUCAUGAUGAUGAUUAAUCAAUGACAAUGAGGAGAAACUGAAUUAUGAUCACAAUGAACAUUAUCAAUACUUUCCAAAAAAAAACAUCAACUCACUGGAUUUAUAAAAAAAAUGUCCAGAACUUUUUUCUGCUUUGAUCAGCAUCUUCAUCCUGGUACAAUCACAAUGCCUUCCAUGAUGAUGAUGGAUGAUGAUCAUGAUGAUAAUUAUAUUUAUUGCUGAUUAUGAUGCUGGAAUCUCAUCUGUUUGAUUUGUUGUUGUUGUUUUUGUUUAUUUGUGCUCUUGUUACACAAUAAUCAAUCAAUGAGAAUUGACAAAAACACCAGAAAACUUCAUCGACAAUUACACAAAUUAACUAAUUACUGAUCUACAAUUAGUUAAUUUCAUCUACUUACAUUGUAAGCUCUGGAACUCUCAACGAUUAAUUUUAAUCAACUUCCGAUUUUUUUUGUUAAUUAUUUUCUCUAAAACAACAAUCAACUAAUUCAGACAAAAAAAAACAAGAUCCAAGUCCAAUGUGACUUCAAGAUAUUUUUGCUUUUUUCUAAAAAUAUUAAUCAAUCAAUGAAGAAACUCAAUUAAUUGUUAUUAACCACCAAGAUCUUUUUAUAUGAUUUAAUUGUUUUCUUCUUGUUUUUUUUAAUUGUUAACUAUUUUAAUCACUUUUCUUUCUGUAAUUAUCUUUGAUCUCACAUUAAUUGUAAUAGGACUCAAGUUAGAUGAUGAAUUUUUUUCACUUUUUUUUUGAUUUAAUUGUUUAACACAAUUUCCAAUCUUGAUUGUGAACUUGAAUUGUUGCCUUUUAAUUUGUAAAUUAUUCACAAUUAACUAAUCAUAACACCAAAUGGAUUAAUCAAAACUCACAUUCCAACAAACAAAAAGUAUAUAACAAUUUACACCAUAUUAUAAAUAAUAUCACCAAAUUCAAUUUCAAUCAAACAAUUUAAACGUCUUUAUCCUAGUCCAAUGAUUAAUCAAAUUGAUUGUAGUUUAAUUAACCCAAUUAGUUCAAUCUUAUUGAUUCUCUCUGUUUGAAAAUCAACAAAAUUAGUUCCCUUUUUGAACUAUUUUUAAUUCAUAAAUUAUCAUGUUAUUCAAAUGAUUAACUGUUAUUUUUAACUUAUUCCCACUCGAUCAUCAAACCCUCCCCACUCCCACCGUCCUCUUAAUUUACCUGUUAUUUUGUACACAGGUAAAUUGAUGCACUACUAAUAUUGACAAGUUAGAGAAGCAAAAUAUUAUAUUGACAAUUAAAAAGUAAAUUUAACAAUUAAA